AUGAGCGGAAAUGGACAAACACCGAACAGAGGGGUGCCGCAGCCGCGCGCGGGGGCGCACGGGGGGAAAGCGGAUGAGAAGAAGGUCAUCGCGAGCGCGGGGAACGCGAGCGGGCCGCCGCAGCAGCAAUUCAUGUUCGGCACGAUGGACAUGUCGAAGUCGCCGACGGGACAACCGGUGAUGCCUAUGCCGGGGAUGCAUCCGGGGGCGAGGCCGCAGAUGCCGGUGGGGGGGAUGAUGGGAAUGAUGCCGCCGCAGGGUAAGCCCGGAAUGCCGGGGAUGAUGCCGGGUCAAAUGUUCGUCCCGGGCGGGGCUCCGUAUCAUCCCGGGAUGAUGAUGGGUAUGCCGCCGAUGGGUAUGCCGGCGUACGCCAAGCCGCCGGGAAUGAAGCCGCCGGCGACGCCGCCGGUGAAGACGGUGAGCAAGGCGAUCAAGAUUGUGAACCCCAAGACAAAGCAAGAGGUCAAGAUUGAAAAGCCGCCCGAGCCCGAAAACCCUGCGACGCCGGCGUCCGAUUCGACGCCCGCGCCUCCGGCCGCGGCCGCGCCUCCGGCCGCUCCCGCGUCGCCCGCGCCGCCGGCUCCUACCACGGCACCGCAACCAGCGGUACCGGCGCCCGCGGUGCCAGCGCCGAUCAACUUCGCCGCCGUGGCGGCCAAGCCCGCUGUGCCGAAGCCCGCUCCGGCCCCUGUCGUGCCGAAACCCGUCGAACCGGUCGCACCCAAGGUUGCGGAAGUGGUGAAGCCGGCGGCCCCGGCUCCAGCGGCGAUCAAUUUCGCCGCCAUGGCGGCCAAACCAGCGGCGCCGCCGAAGCCGCAACCGGUCAAGCAAGAAGAAACGCCGGCCGCAACUGAGCCUCCGAAGCACAAGGCGGUGGAAGCGCUCGCGGAAGCCGUUGCCGGAGUGAAGUUGAGCAACUCUGAAUCCGUCUCCAGCUUUGCUUCCGACGCGGCCUCGGACGCCGACUCAGACAGCGGGCAACUCUCGCGAGUGCAAUCCGCACCACCGCCGGUGACCGAGUUCACGCUCGUCCCCAAGCCGGCGGACGGGAAGUACAGCGUCGAAGAGCUCAAGGCAAUGCGCGAUGCGCCGAUCGCGAACACCAAGCCCAUCAACUGGGUCGUUCCGGAUGACAUUGACUACUGGCCGGUGCCCGGCUUCAUCUGCCCACCUGGCGUGCAGUCCUUCGGCGGCGGUGGCGGUCGCGGCGGUCGACGCGGCGGUAGCCGUGGCGGUGGUGGCGGUGGAAAGGUUGAUGACAAAUGGGCGCAUCGUCAGCUUCCCGCGGGCGAAGGAGGACGCCGUGGAGAUCGUCGUGGUGGUGGCGGCUACAAUCAAACCCAGUACCGCAUUCCGGCUGGCGAACUCCCCAAGCUUCACAAGACGGAUAAAAAGUACGUCAUCGGCACCAUUGACGACGAAGAAGAGAAACGACAGCGUUCAUUCAAGGCGAUUCUCAACAAGCUUACUCCGGAUAACUUUGAGAAGCUCCUCGAGAAGCUUCUCGAUGUGGGCAUCACUGAAGCUGCGACGCUCGUCGGACUCAUCGGUCAGUUGUUUGAAAAGGCGCUUCAAGAGCCGACCUUCUCGUCGCUCUACGCCGAGCUUUGCCGCGUGCUCUCUGAUCGUUUUAUGAACGAAGGCGUCGAAUUUUUAGAUCCAACUGCGCCUGAAGGACAACAGAAGAUUACCUUUAAGCGGGUUUUACUCAACAAGUGUCAAGAAGAGUUCGAGACGAGCGACAAGGCAAUCGCUCGCGCCGAGGCUGGGGAGGACGAAGAAGAAGAGACAAAAGAGGGUGAAGAGGGUGAAGAGGAAAAGGAAGAGAAGAAGAAGGAGCUUGAAGACGGCGAAAUUGACGAGCCGCCCAAGGAGAAGACUCCGGAGGAACUUGAGAUUGAGGAGCGCCGAAAGCAGUUAAAGCGUGACGAUCGACUCCUUCAAGCACGCAGACGUAUGCUCGGUAAUAUUCGUUUCAUUGGUGAAUUAUUCAAGAAAUCUAUGCUUACCGAGCGUAUCAUGCAUGUGUGCAUCCAGAAACUUCUCGGCGCGGGCGAGAAGACUCCGAGUGAAGAGGACGUCGAAGCAUUAUGCAAGCUCUUGUCCACGGUGGGCAGUCAACUCGAUCAUCAGAAGGCCAAGCAACACAUGGAUGCUUACUUCAGAAGUGUGGAUAACCUUAGCAAGUCGAGCGAGCUGUCUUCUCGUCAUCGCUUCAUGUUGCAAGACGUCUUGGACAUGCGCGCCACGGGAUGGCGCGAGCGUAGAAAACAAGAGGGGCCGAAGAAGAUUGCAGAGGUGCACCGCGAUGCGGAACGGGCUGCGAUGGAGCAGACACGUCGUGCGGGCGUCCGUCCUGAGCGAAGCGGCUCCUUCGGUGGCCCCAUGUCACGAUCCGACAGUCGACGCGGAGGCGAUUUUGAUCGUCCACCGAGCCGAGGCUCCGGUCGAGAUGAACGCGACCGAGGCGGCUUCCAGCGAUCUGAUUCUCGAAUCGGAUUCGGUGGCGAUCGUCGAUCCGGUCGUGACGAUCGUGGCGAUUCUAGACCAUCGGUUGGCCGCGAGGUUGACGCACGUUCGAGCAUUCCGCAGCCCCGGAGCUCGAUGGCGCCGUCCGCGGCCGCAGUCCCCGCUCCGAAGGCUGCCGCGCCUGAAAAGAAAGCAACUGCAGAAGUGGACGACGAUACUUUUAUCGCUGAACGCAAGAAGAUCACCGAGUACUUCUACGACGACAAGGAUGCGGCCGAGGCCGUCAAGUCGAUCUCUUCGUGGAGCCCUCGGCAAGUCGUCGGUUUCGUCGAGUACUUUUUGACCACGAGCUUUGAACGCCGAGACAUGGACUGGGACGCGGCGUACGGUCUCCUUCGUGCGCUAGCCGCCAGUGACGGACCGAUGUCCGGCGCGCAGUUGAUCGAAGGGUGCGCGCCGCUCUUCAACAACAUUGAAGACAUCCUGUGCGACUUGCCCAAGGCUGGCGACCACAUCGCCGCCUGCAUCGCCGGUCCCGUCCUCGAUGGCACGUGUUCGCUCGUCGAUCUCGCCGCCGCGCUUCGCAAGGCCACGCCCGAUGGUGAAGAGCCCGGGUACGCCCUGGCCGAGGGUUUCGCCCUCACCCUCUUCUCCCAGGUUCUCUCGCACGCGCAGCGCAUCGCCGGGGACGAAGAGAAGAUGCCCGCCCUCUACAAGGCUUCUGGCGUCGCCCUCAACGACCUCCGCGGCGACGCGGACAAAGAGGACGACACCGUCGUUCCCAAAAUCAUCGAAAAACUCGCGUUGAAAGGAAUCUAG